UCCGCUCAGAAGGGAAAAGAUCAACAACGAGCUUUAAUUGCGCGUCAUCUCAGAUAUUUCUAAAAUAAAAAUAAUUGGACAGGAUGCAGCUAUUUAUAGGCGCCUUGGGUCUAGUAUUACUGGCCAUACCAACUCUGGUACUCAGUCAGUCUGGUAGUAGCUGCUAUACGCCAGUUGGGGAUCCAGGUCUCUGUGUGCAGCUUCAGAAGUGUCAAUUUGUGCGGGAUCUUCCAUCUUUAUAUGGAAAGAAUAUUCCACGUUCGAUAUUGAACCAGAUUAGGCAAAUGGAAUGCGUUGGCGGACCGGAACCGGGCAAACACUUGUGCUGCCCCAAUCCAUCGGUGAUUAGUGCUCAGAGUGGUACCUCAAGAGAUUCACCUAACAGAAAGUCAACAAUAACUACAAGGCAGACGGAAGAGAAUCUUAAUCGCAUCGAUCCACGUGGCAUGGAAGUGCUCAAGUCAGUCACGGGAUGUGGCAAGAAGAGCAACAUUAAGUUGAGCGGUGGAGAAGCUACCAAAAUUGGCGAAUUCCCUUGGCUGGUGCUGUUGAAGUAUGAAACAUCUGGAAGACAAUUUCUCUGUGGCGGCAGCUUGAUAACCGAUCGGUUCGUCUUAACAGCUGCUCACUGUACCACAAAUGACGCUAAAUUGAUUGCCGUUCGCAUGGGAGAGCACGAUUUGGAUAAGCCCCAGGAUUGCCAGUUUUUUGGAGGACGCCGCAAGGAAUGCUUGCCACCUUAUGAGGAGUUUGGCAUUGAGGCUAUACGUCCUCAUCCUAACUAUAAGGGGUCCAUUAACUUCGACAUCGCACUGAUCAAAUUGGAUCGACAAGUAAAAUUCAAAACUCACAUCAAGCCUAUCUGUCUGCCCAUCGUUAGCGAAUCCAGGGACAUUGCCUACGAUCAGAGUUUCUAUAUCUCCGGCUGGGGCACAACCGAGAAUAAUGAACCCUCGUCUAUUCUUCUAAAGGCGGUGGUGACACGUAAAGAUUUGAGUGUUUGUCGUAACUAUUAUAUCAAUGCACCGGCUAAUGAGAAUCACAUCUGUGCGGUCGGCGAUGGGAUCUCACAAACCUGUAAGGGCGACUCCGGCGGACCUCUUUUCUUCUUAAGUGCUUUUAAAAGGGGAGCACGCUACGUACAGUAUGGCGUUACCUCUCAUGGUGGAAUACGCUGUGGCGUCAGCCAAGAUCAACCAGGCGUAUUUACCUCAGUCAUCAACAUGUUGCCCUGGAUCACACAGAAUCUCUAUUGAUAACCCCCGGAAAAUAAGACCCCUAUUAUUUAUUGUGUCCUUUAGUUAUCGAUGCCAUUGUCAUAGUCUGUUAUUGGCAUUGUUACUGUAUUAGUUUUAAGUUUACUUUAUAAAUAUUACGAAUUAAAAUGCUAAAAGAAAAUA